AGUGAAUGAUGGCUUGGAGCUGAGACCAAAAUACAAUGGCAUUUUGCAUUGUUUGUCAACCAUCUGGAAACAAGAAGGAUUACGUGCUACAGUGCAAUUAAAGCCCACAAGACAGAGGAUAAGAUGGAAAACCUUGGAGCAAUUGAACACCUAGCGUCAGCAGCUGAAGCUGGAGUGAUGACUUUGUGUAUUACAAACCCAAUAUGGGUAACCAAGACUCGGCUUGUGUUACAAUAUGAAGCUGGCGCUGACCUGUCAAAGAAGCAGUACAAAGGAAUGUUUGAUGCUCUUAUUAAAAUAUACAGGCAUGAAGGUAUACGUGGGCUAUAUAAGGGAUUUGUGCCUGGUCUAUUUGGAACCUCACAUGGAGCCCUUCAGUUUAUGGCUUAUGAAGAUUUAAAAUCCCGAUAUAAUAAAUAUAAAAAUAGACCGUCACAUAUGAAACUGAACACUUUAGAAUAUAUUACCAUGGCAGCAACGUCCAAAAUAUUUGCAGUCACGGCAACAUACCCGUAUCAGGUUGUGAGGGCACGUCUCCAGGAUCAGCACAACAGAUACUCUGGAGUACUUGACGUCAUCCGUAGGACAUGGAGGAAAGAAGGAGUUCGUGGAUUUUAUAAAGGAAUUAUGCCCAAUGUAAUACGAGUCACUCCUGCAUGUUGUAUCACCUUUGUUGUAUAUGAAAAAGUAUCUCAUUUAUUACUUUGAUUUAAUAAUAAAUGAAGAUUGAAUAUUGAUUCCAUAUAUAUUGUUCUGCACCCUUUCAGUUAAGCAGGAAUCCCAACACCUGUCUGACAGGUUUUUUUUCUGGAUUCAUAUUUGUCAGUUUCGUUUGUAGUACCUUUUAAAUGGACCAAGGUCAUCUGCAAGUUGCUGUGUUUCAGAUAUAUAUUUAUAUUGAUCUCUGUAUCUCAAAAUAAAUUGUUCACAUUAUCAGUGAAUUUUCCUUUUACUGCUUAGUUAACAAGGCUUAAUGUUUUCUAAAAAAAAAUGAACAGGUCUAACUUCAUACAAGUAGUCUUCGCUUAACAACUGCCCUUUUUAGCAACUAUUCAAAGUUAUGACAGCACUAAAAAAUUAACUUUAUGACCAGUCUUCAUAUUUAUGACUGUUUCUGUGUCCCAGAGUUUUCAUUUGUAUGCUUCACAGCUGGCUUCCAACAAGCAGUCAAUGGAGAAUUUGGAAGUAAAAUUGCAACAACUUGCUUAACAACCAUGGAGGAAAUUGACAUUCUAAGUCCAGUGUGAUCAUGUGAUGUUUUACUUAACUAUAUCACUUAGCAAAGAAAUUGACAUUCCCAAUUGUU